AUGACAAGUGUAGGUGGUGCAUUUGUGGCACGAAGAGAAAAAGAAAACACCUUUUCUUUGUUCAUAUUAACAGUAUGCAAGGCAUACAUGACAAGAGAAGACUCGGAGAAUAAUCAUCCCCACUCGGAAUUGAAUGAACACCUGGAGGCCCUAGUGGGCUGUACUCUAAAGAUAGCUAUAUCUUCAGGCAAGAAGAUCGGAGAUAUCGUAAGAGAAAUGAGUCACCUCUCACAAUACACAUUUUAUUUUUUAUUCACAUAUGUGUGUUUCAUUCUUUUACAGGUGGAUGAAAGGACACGUAAAAAAUUAUAUGAGCUAAGGCAUACUUGGAAUGAAGUAUUCCCUAAGUCACGCUUGUAUGGCUUGGAUGUAAAAAUUCAGUCAAUAGAUCCAGCCUGGCCAUUGGCCACAGGAUCUUCUACAACACCCCAGGCUGUCAGCAAACCAAAUAUUCAUAUUAAUCCCAAUAUUAUUAAGCCUGGUGUAGUGAAAGGAUCGCCAUCUUUAUCUUCAACUGGUGGACACAAGGGCCAGAAGGACCUUGAGAUCCUCAAGCGGGAGGAGCAGCUCUUGGCACUUGAGCGACAAAAGCUGGAAUUGGAAAAGAAGAAAAUUCUUUUGGAGCAGAGUCGCCAUCAAAAGCAGGAAAUAAAACCAGCCAAAGUGGAACCAGAGAAACCUCCUGUCAAGCCAGCAGAGGACCUAAGUAUAUCCAGUGAACGGCGCUCUGAAUUCCUUCGCAGUUACAAGAUAAAGAAAAAGACCCAGAAUAAGGAAGAAGUGCAGGUAGGCACAACCAUUCAUGUUGACCCAAGGCGUGUUCAUCAGGUUCUGCCAGUGGUUGCGGCAACUGGACCAGUUGCUCCACGUGACCCGAGACGGGCAAAUGAAAGCAACAAAGAUCCAAGAAUACCACAUGAAAAUACUAGGGAUCCUAGAAUAUCUGAGGGGUCUCGUGAUCCAAGAAUUUCAAGUGAAAAUGCCAGGGAUCCGAGACUUGGUUCAGAAAUUUCAAGUAACAAUAUAAAACCAACUAAACAAAGUGAUACACAAGUUACUUCUUCACGAGAUCCAAGAAUAGUAGCCAAGGAACGAGAGAAAGAUAGAUUGAAAGAUCAGCGAAAGAGUAAGAAAGAUUCACCAACUAAAACCAAAAAAGAAAAAGAUAUCAAGCCUACAAAGAUUGACUCACGAUCAUCUAGGUCAGCUCAUCGGGAAAAAGAGAAAGAAAAAGAAAAAGAAAAGGAAAAGGAAAAAGACAAGGAGAAGAAGGAGAAAGAAACAUCAGUUUCAUUUUCAUCUUCCUCAAGGUCAAGUGCAAGCCACACAAAGAAACCCCCAGAGCCUGUACCGCCUACAGAAGACGUAGAGAAUACUGCCUCAUUCAAGAGCAACCGUAAAAGUAAGAGAAGAACCUAUAAACCACGUGAGGAUAGUCCAGAGGAAGUCACUUCACCAUCCAGCAGUGGGAAGCGAUCCCGUGCAGAUCGAGACUCAGAUUCAGAUGAUAGUGACCAUUACCAGGGUAAUAAACCAAACCCUGCAUUGUACAAUAAGAAGG